AUGGAUGUUGGGGGAAAAUUGCACAAAACCGAACGGAUCCGACAGGAGAUGGCGGUGAUGAGCAGUGCGACGGCGUGCGCGGCGAUCACGUCGCACCACGCGUCCAUCUCGAACCUGCAGGCGCCGGAUCCGGCAUCCCUGACGGGGUCGUCCCAGCACGUGGGCUCCAUCCUCGCGGAGAAGCUGCACGGGUUCACGGAGAAGCUGCAGCAUCUCGGGCAUCAUCGCAGCGACUCGGACGGCUCCUCUCGCACCUCCCGGACAGGGAGCAUGGGAGCGGCGAUGCAUCCCACGGUCAUGGUCACACAGGGCCAAGAGCAACAACAGCAGCAGCAGCAGGGUCAGACGACGACGAACAACAAGAGCAGCGAUUCCUCGUCCCCUGCGCAUUCUCAGGCAUCGAGAAAUUCGUCUCGAAAGUCCAACGCCUCUCUGCUCGUCCUCUCCACGAACGGGAAGAAGGAUCUCUCGGGGCUGGGUGGAGUGAAGAAGAGCGUGGACCUGGGUGGGACUGACGUACGGGUGAGCCUGAAAGACAUCGUCUGUUACAUGUCCCUCUUGGAAGGUGGGAGACCCGAGGAUAAACUGGAAUUCAUGUUUAGGCUGUACGACUCGGAUGGGAAUGGGGUUCUGGACACCAACGAGAUGGAUUGCAUCAUAAACCAGAUGAUGAAUGUGGCGGAGUAUCUGGGCUGGGACGUGUCGGAGUUGAAGCCAAUCUUGAAGGAGAUGAUGAUGGAGAUCGACUACGACGCAGACGGGACGGUGUCAUUGGAGGAGUGGAAGCGAGGCGGGAUGACCACCAUUCCUCUCCUCGUCCUCCUCGGAUUCGAUACCAACAUGAAGGAAGACGGUCAACAUCUGUGGCGGUUGAAGCACUUCAAUCGACCCGCUUAUUGCAACCUCUGUCUCAACAUGCUCGUCGGGCUCGGCAAGAAAGGCCUCUCUUGCAUCUGGUGCAAGUACACGGUGCACGAGCGGUGCGUGCAGAGGGCACCGGCGUCUUGCAUUUCUACCUACGUGAAGAGUCGGAAGAGGAGGUCGGAUCAGAACCUCAUCCAUCAUUGGGUGGAAGGAAACGUGACGGGAAAAUGUGCAAGGUGCAAGAAAACCGUGAAGACUCUCAAUGGGAUCACGGGUCUCCAUUGUCGAUGGUGCCAUAUUACCACUGUAAGUGGGACCGGGAACGCUCCAUUCGGCAGGCAUGAAUGCUUUGCGCGAAGCGCUUCCAGUCCUCGAGCUGGCGCUGAAUGCAUCCAGGGUGAGGAAGAUUACCCACUCUGGCAUCUGGAGACAUCCGCCCGACAAACAGUGGAGGACAAGGGCGGGGAGCUGGGGAGGGGGAUUAAUUAA